GCCGCCGACUGACGCUGCGACAAGAUGGCGGUGACCUCCAGCGGGCUGGCGUCGGCUGUCCGGAUGGAUUGAUCGCGGGGCAGAGGAGCGCGGGGUUUGGGUGUUACAAGCGUGGCGACCGCGUUGGAUGCGGCGCGGUUAAUUUAUCCUUGAGUGCGUGCACUGAUCGCGGGUUCCUAUUCCUGCAGAGAAGAGGUGAAGAUAUUUAUCCCAGGAGGGGGAGAGGUUGAGGGUGUUUAUUCCUGCAGGGAGGGAAGGGUGCGGGUAUUUAUUCUGAGAGGGACCCAGCAGACUGCGAGGAUGAAGUUGAAGGAUAUAACGCGCUGGAACUUGCGGGUGUCAUUGGUCUACGCGAUUGGCAUAUGGACCCUGUUCGGUACCUACGCCUACCUACAGACGAAGAGAAAAGAAGAGAAGGUUUUGGUCGAGAGCAGUAGCGAGAUUUCUGCAGAAGACCCUCAAAAGGAAGACCAAAAUACUGAGGAGCGGAAAAGGAAAACCAAUAAAGACUUUAUAGAGACUCGUGUUGUUGUCAAGGAAGGUUUUAUCCCCUUUUCAACCAGAAUCUACAACUAUGGAAAGUCUUUCUUUGAGACUUCGUCUGAUAAUUCAUCAGAAAAUUAGAAUUCGUAAGAGUGACUUGUUCCAGCAGCAUUGUAAAACACUGGUUCUUUGAUCUUCCAUGAUACACCAAGGACUCUUCAUACCACAUGUCUCAAUCUCUAGCCCUGAUACAGAGUUUCAACUCAAAAUGUCAAACAGUUCCUUUCCCUCCCACAGAUAACUGCUCAACCUGCUGAGUUCCUCCAGCAGAUUGUUUGUCGCACUCGGUCUGUGAAGUUGCCUUGCAAUGUGUAAACUUCAGUUGACCUCUAGCUGUCUGUUAUAGUUGGACUUCUAUAACAGUUGCUUUGUUAUGCUGGACAGAGGUGCCCUGUUGUUCAGAACACUCAAGCGUCCAUUGUGUUGCUACUGUGCUAAUAUCUCCUGGACUGUGCCAUUGAGAGAACAAAGGUAUUUAGAGGUUGUUGCUGCAAACAUUUUCGCAUGAAGGUUUGAUUUUUAUUUUUGCAAAUAUAUAAUCAACCUCCAGAACAGCAUUUCAAAGUUAACUUGUUAUCAAGUACAUAUGUUACAAUCUACUACCCCGAUUCAUUUUCUUGCAGGCAUUCACAGUAGAACAAUGAAAUGCAAUGGAAUCAAUUUCAAAAAGCUACACACAAAGACUGACAAACAUCCAAUGUGCAAAAGAAGAUGAACUGCAAAUACAAAAACAAACAAACAAAUAAUACUGAAAACAUGGAUUAUUUUUAGAGUCUGUGAAAGUGAGUCCAAGGUGCUUGUAAAUGCGAGCCACUUUUCUUCCUUUUAUUCCUCUUACCCAGACCUGGGUGAUCUGCUGCCAUUACAAUAUUUUUAUAAUUUAAAAGAAUGAUAAAUACAAUUGCAAUUUGAUGAGCUGAACUGUUAAGUGCCUGUUGUUAUGAGAUCAUUUUAUUAAAUUGAGACCUUAUCAAAUUAACCAUUUUACACUGGUUUAAAAAUGGGAAAUUGAUUCAUGCUGCACCCUUGUAUAUAAUAUUCAUUUGUGAUGUGUCAUGAAAGAGCAAGUUCAGAAUUUAUUUUUAAAUUAUGAAGCAAUCACCUAAUCUGUUGUGAGCUGAAGUCAAUUAAAGGUGCUUCAACAUCCAGAUUUAAAUCUGCACAUGCCUGUAAUUUGAUCUUUGUGUUACUUUUCGUUCUGGAGUUCUGCCACUUUUGUCUCUUCUCAUCCAAGGACUAAAGUUGUGGACAUUUGCUGCUGUCCUGGUAACUUGCCAUGUUCUACCCAAUUCUGUGAAUAAAGCAAUGAGCACAGCCAUACAACUAAAA